UUCUCUCAUACUCGUCUGGAUUUUCGAGAAAAACUGUCUCACGCACGACGCCGAAAAAAUGGCCGACGCUCAGCAGCAAGAAUUCGAGGACUUCCAAACCGAUGAUGGUGCAUCCUCUGUCGGGGAAUCGUCCACCGCCGAGUCACUUUCAUCUCUGCGAUCCAGCAUUCUUGACUAUCGCCGAGAGAAUGGACGCACGUAUCAUCGCAUGAGCGAUGGAAAAUAUGCUUUUCCCAACGAUGAGUUGGAGCAAGACCGUUUAGACCUGACCCAUCAUCUUUGGGGACUAACUUGGGACGGCAACAUUUGCAACAGCCCCAAGAAGGAUGGUGCCAAAAGGGUUCUAGACGUUGGCACUGGUACAGGAGUCUGGGCUAUGGACUAUGCUGAUGAGCACCCGGAAUCCAUCGUUCUUGGCGUCGAUCUCAGUCCAAUUCAGCCUCAAUUUGUGCCUCCCAAUUGCAGCUUUGAGGUCGAUGACGUUGAGAAAGAGUGGACUUGGCGGGAACCGUUCGAUUUCAUCUUCAUCAGAUCCAUGAUUGCGAGCUUUUCCAGUUGGCCAGAUAUGAUUGCCAAAGCCUAUGAAAACCUUGAGCCUGGCGGUUACAUUGAGUUGCAAGACAGCAUGUUUCCAAUGUUGUGCCAGGAUGGCACCAUGACCGAGGACUUCAAACCCUUGAAAUGGUCAAACAUGGUUACCGAGGCUACGGAAAAGUUAGGACGCUCGAUGUUCGUUGCCGCUAGCUUCAAGCAGAUGCUCGAGGAUGCUGGCUUUGUCGACGUCGUAGAGAGGAGAAAAGUGUGGCCUUUCAACCCGUGGCCAAAGGACGCGAAGCUCAGGGAGCUGGGUUUUUGGGCGCAGGAAUCUGCGUUCAAAGGGAUCGAAGCGAUAACAAUGGCCUUGUUCACUCGUGUGCUUGAUUGGAGCCCGGAAGAGGCAAGGGUGUUCUGUGCCGAGGUCAGGAAUGAGCACAAGAAGAUUGAAGUUCAUGCGUACUACGAGAUCUACGGAGUAUGGGGCCGCAAGCCUGAGGAGACAGAUGAGGACGAAGCGGCGGCUGCUCCGGCCCCGCCCCCGCCCCCUGCUCCAGCCCCAGCUUCUUCUCCUUCUUCUGUCCCAGCUUCUUCUCCUGCCCCAGCCCCAGCUUCUGCUUCUGCUCCCACUACCACUCUUGCUUCUGCUCCCGCCCCUGCCCCUGCCCCUGCCAGAGCUGGGGAUGAGUCUUGAGACAUUUCAUAGUGUACUCUAUCGUGCAUAGAGCUAGCCGAGCCUGUUGGAUACUUUUACUUCUUUCCCGGAAACAAUAGUCCAUGCCAGGACUUUGUGUCUCUGAGAUGGGUGGACUUACAGAUGUUGACUCCGUUUGAGAAAUUUUGGCACUUUCGAGGCGUGUAUAGUCUUCAUAUGGAGGCAAUAACUGUUAUGAGUCGUUUGGCAGAAGUUGUCACUUUGAUCGAUAGUUUCUUGCAACAAUGGCACCGAAUGCCGUCUUUUUCUUCCAAAA